CAGCUAAUUAUACUCUACUCUCUUACUUACGAUCUCGAAGGUGGAGAGAACAUUGCCCGCUCACGACCCGAGGUACUUUGUCUCAAAUCGAUUAUUUUUUCGUGGCGAUCUACACCUGCUUUCUAAAUUCUAUAACCAAUAAUUUACCAUCAUGGAAUCCUUUUCUCGCAGUAUUGUCAGGAAAGUCCUGGCGAUCGAAACCGCUGAGGGUGCAGGAGCGCUUGUUCGACGGAGCAUUGGCUCGAUGACCUUGCGAAACUUGAACCCUUUCCUGAUGCUAGAUCAUUUCAUUGUCUCGGAGGGCGCUGGUUUUCCAGACCAUCCACAUCGUGGCCAGGUGACGGUCACGUACAUGCUGGAAGGGGAAUCGCAACACGAAGACUCAGCCGGACACAAAGGCACCAUCGAAACCGGUGGAGUGCAGUGGAUGACCGCUGGAAAGGGUAUCAUACACGCUGAAAUGCCUGUCCACGGGAACGGAUGUCCGGAUCCCAAAGGCCUUCAGCUGUGGGUCGAUUUGCCCAAAAAGUACAAGUUGGUGGAACCUGCCUAUCAAGAACUUGGAGCCAAAGAUAUCCCGUCCGCUUACCCUGGAGGGGUGGAUGGACCGAUUGAAGUGAAAGUCAUUAGUGGCAAGAGUUUCGGUGUCGAGUCGCCAGUUAGACCCCUAGGCGGAUGCUGGUAUUUCCACUUCAAGUUCAGAAGUGAUGGAGCGAUCUUCCAGGAAAUUCCUGUUGGAUGGACAUCCUUUAUCUACAUUUGGAAAGGUUCCGUGUCUGUUGACCACGAUCGUACACCGGUUGAAGCUUUCCACACUAUUGUUCUAUCUGCGCAUGAAAAAGAGACAGGUGUCUCAUUAGCUGGGACUGAAGACACUGAAUUUGUACUGGUCGCAGGAGAGCCCUUGGAUCAGCCAGUCUUCCAAUACGGUCCUUUUGUGAUGACUACUCGUGAAGAGAUUCAGAAGACGCUCCUAGACUACCAAACUGCAAGCAACGGCUUUGAGAAAGCUCACACCUGGAAGUCCAAGAUUGGUAACCAAUGAUUGAACACUGCUCGCCAUAAUCAUACCUACCUAUGUAUGUAUAAGAUCUACAGUCGUAGAGAUGAAAUAAAGG